AGUGCCGUAAUUGUUUGCUCCGUUUUCAUAACCUCUUAACCACUGUAAUGUUUAUUUUUAUUUGUAGAUAUGUCAAUUACCAAUGCAAUUACUUCUGUUCAUGUAGAAAAACUAAGUCACAGAUUAGAAGAAAUUCGAGUGAGAGCUUUAGAUAACAUAAUUUCAAAGCUAGAUCAUGGAUUCGGGUGCGAUUGUGAUGCCGUCAAAAGAGAAUUGGUCUCUAAAAUUUUCAAUUGGUUUUCAUUUGAAGCUGUACCUUAUCCAGACAAAGUUCUCAAUUUACUCCAUAGAUUAAUCGCCACAAAUGUAAUCAACCCGAGUUUAUUUGGCAAGUUACGAUUUAAAAAUGAACUCAGUCAGUUGCGUAAAAGACUUGACCCAGUCUGGCACGAUAAAUUGUACGAAAUUGAAGAAGCCGUUCUCCAAAAUGCCUCAUCAGCAUUGGAGACAACGGGCAGCAACGAGUCCCGAUCAUUACCCGCCAGUAUGACGUACAGAGAAAAUGAUCCUGGUGAUAAAGUUGGAGAAACAGAUUGCAUAGUAAGGAAUGAUGAUGAUAAUCGUGAUGAUCAUCAUGAGUAUGAUAAAAUUAAAGAUCAAAGUCUUCCAGCAGACUCGCUAAAUGACACAAUUCAGCUCGACUUGACAUUACCAUCAGACGCCGGGACUCCGAUGUCCCGAAAAACUGACAGAGCGAUCCGAUGGCUGGUGAUGCCCUGGCAGCCGCUGGUGUCUUCUGACCGAGGAGUUUUGUCGGCAAUUGAAGACGCGUUGAACAACAACACAGACACUGGUCUCAUAAUUCGCACAUGCGAGUUCGUUACCAACGUAAUGCUCCAGGAUUUUCCAGCCGAAGUAUUUCUUCAGCGGCCGUCUAUCGUAAUGAUUCUGCAAAACCUUUUGGAGGCGUGUGUCCAAGAGUCCAAGGAUCAAGUAGAUUUCUGUAGCAUAGUUCCAGUAAUUCUCCGUACAUUUUACAAACUCACCCGGUCGUUGAGGUUCAGAAUUUACUACUACUGCGAUCCGAGUAUCGCUAAUCGUAGACAGAGAGAUCUCGGUGGACAAAUGGACUCUUCUCAAUCGUCUGAAGACCGAGAGAGCUCAGAAGGCCUACCGGAAGCUAAUUAUCAAGCCUAUCAAUCUGCGGCGACGAGUGACCGGAGUCAAAGUGUGACGGACAACGUCGACGAGUCAGUAUUACAAUUGCAGCAGAUGUUGAUCCCGAAUUACUGCAUCGAAGUGCUUGGCUAUGCAUUAAAACUGUUGACUUUCAAUGAUGAUUCCCUCAGGCCUCUCAAAGACGUCAAAAAUUUACUAGACUUAUCCUGGGAGCUCGUGCAGUUGCUGACAGUGAGCGUGAUGCCCUCGAUCUGGUUUUCUUCCGACGGGUUGUCUCUUAAAAUUCACGAGAACCUCAAGCUUCUGCUGAAACUCAUCGGCGAUGUGUUGGAGUACUGCAGGAGUUACAGCACCGCCGACAGCUGGAGGAUAACUUAUCUCAGAUUGUUGUGCAUCGUAACAAAACUUGUGAGUUCUCUCGUCCCACUAGAACUCGCAGAGUACAUUCUCCCAAGCAGCUUAAAAAUUUCCAUGUGCGUCGGAGUUAUGGACGCGCCGAUCUACCUCAUGUACCCCGAUUUGAAUGUUAUUUUGCAAGAGUAUGCGCGGCAAUUCCGUGCCACCGAUCAGUUACAGUUCAUAAAACUCUUCGACGAAACGAGACUGAUAACCAAGUCAAUGAAAGCCGCUAUUUUAUUAUUGAAGACCGACAUCACUCAUGAUCAUCUGAAUGUCGACACCUUGAGGACAAUGUACACAUCAAAGUCAUGCCUGUCUUGCCACAAAAAUCUAUCGAUUAUAAAAAAAUACUUUUUUUUUAUGCAGAAUUUGUAUCAUAUCAAGUUGGAGAAAGAAGAGAAAUCUGUUGCAGUCAAACUCGUGCUGUAUUUACUUGCCAAUGGAGAUGAGGAAAUACGUCUGGAGACUUACAAAGAGUGUCACUGGCUGGUGUCAUCAACUCUGGGAGUUGAAGCAACGCGCGGAAGACACAACUGGACCUGCGUCGGAUUUUUAUUCGAGCCCAGUAUACUCACGGAGAUAAUUUGCCACGGAGUUACUGAUGACAAAACGAACUCAAUCGCCGAAGACAUUUUGCUGUACCUUUUAAAAGGGAAAUUACAGAUGGGCGAUGGCUGGUUGGUCUUCUUGGAAGCUCUGACCCAAGUGCUUCCACUGCUGCAGUGUCUUGCGGAAAUGAAAUCUUCUUUAGGCCAAUGCGUGUCGAAAAUGUUGGACCCGGACAUCGCGAGCAGCAUCCAGCUGCCGCACCUGGAAGUUCUGAAAGGCAACGCCAGGUAUUUAUUUUCUUCUGACGGUGGUAUCAGAGAGGAAGCAGCUUGUAGACUAAUUUAUUUGCUUGGUACAGAAAAAAAUUCCUCAGAUAAACUUCCCCAUCUCGCUUCUCUACACGGUCUCCCUCUGGGCUCGCUUUUGAUUCUCGACCGGCAGGUAAGUUUUAAAAAAAUCCAAGGGAGCUACCAGAGGAGUAGUCUUCUGUCAGUUGUCGAGAUGCUGAAAACUAAAAACGUCGAGCCGAAAGUUCGUAAAUCAGCGCUCGUGCAAAUCAGCGUAAUGCUCACGGACUCGAGUCUUCAUAAAUUAUUUUUAAAAGAAAGUGGGUUUAAAAUAAUCCUAGAUAUUUUUGAUAAAUCUUUGAUUGAAAAAGAUUACGAAAAUUAUCCCGACUCAGUGAUUCCUAUUCUCACAAUAAUUAAAUUAAUAAUAUCAACUCAAUGCUCAAUACGCCAUGAACUUUCAACCCGCACUGACGUCUUUGUCAAUAUCCUGCGUAGUUUAUUUUUAUUUCCAAAUCAUGAAUGCGUUAAACAAGACGUGUCAUAUAUAUUAUUCGCUCUUCUGUACAAUGAAUUUAUGAUGCGACUAAACAGCACCGAGGGAUCAAAUUUAAAUUACUCAUUACCUAACAUAAUUAUUUCUAAAAUGAACUCUCCAUUCAUUUGCAAAACCCACUGGAACUCGAGUAUUAAUAGAAAAUCCGACACGUCUAUUUUGUAUUCAAAUAACCCGCUCGCGGUGACAUUUAUGCGGCAGUACUGGGCAUGGGAGUGGAACAGUGGCCCGGAAAUGCUUUGGGUCCCAUAUGAAAAUUUAAAUGACCCGGGAAUAUCGAACACGUUGAUGAUAAGAGAACCAGAGUUCGCUCUAUUUAAAUACACGUCGAUACGCUACUGCUGCAACGAGCAAUUACUGAGCAUAAAAAACUCAACCGCCCAUGAAGAAGUCAUGUGCGCUAUCGACUAUCUCUGGAUGUACAUGAGAUUUUGCUCACGUCUUAAAUUUAUUUAUUUAACAGAACUGACGUCACUGCCGUGGGAAUCAACUUUCGAGCGCUUUCUUUUAUCCCACCCAAUGAGUAAAGAAGACUGUGAUUUAUUCGUUGACGUACUAAACUUUCUCUACAUUAAUAUCAAUAUCACCCAUGACCCAGCGGUGAUUGGGUGGCUGUCGAAAACCUUUAAAAACAUAACAAAGUCACUGUCAGAUCUCCUGCAAACUCUCGACACCCAUUACCAGGACGUCCACCAAUCGGUGCUGAAGCUCGUGAGGUCGUGCUGCAACUUGGAAAAAAAAAACCAGCCGCAAGACAAAACUCAGAACAUGUGGAACGAUUACAUCGAACUGAUCAUCGUAAAUUUAUGCUCGAGUGACCAGCAGCAUUUUUAUAAUCUCGUUUACUUGGACUGGUUGCUCACCUGCUUGACGUACUUGACGAGCAAAUCUCAAUGCAAUUGUCACAAGGAUUUAUUGAUAUCUUCAGGCAACGCUUUGAUUGAAUUGAUAAUUUCAUUUCAUGGCAACGGCGCGUUGAGUUUCAUGGGACUCUCGAUAACAAGGAACUCAAUUAUUUGUUUGAACCACUUGCUCUAUCACAUGCAGGCCAUUUUACCCAGAGGUAAUUGGACGAGUUAUUGGUUCGGCGACGGGAAAACUCUCAGCUGGCUUCCGACUUUGUGGAAAAAUCGGGACCCGCUGGUCCGCGCAUCCGCGCUCCAACUUCUUGGGGGUUUGGUAAAAGCUCCGCAUGUUGCUCAGCAACUUCUUCAUGCCCUGGCGAUGGCGCCAAGUGAAUUAUGCCAGACAAUUUUGAAAUUCGUGACAAAUCAUCAAGAGUCGAGUAUCGUUAGAGAGCACGCCUGCAUUGUGCUCAGUAAUUUGAUUAAAAACAGCAGCAAUUCCUCAUUUAAAUACAUCGAUUCUCUAAGAUCGAACGCUAUAUUAAUUUACAUCGAGCAGAUGAAUGUUUAUCAUGAAAUUUGUUUACUUUGUUGCAAUUUAUAUUUACCAGUUACGCUUGAUCCUGAACUUGUUGACAAUGACGUCGAUGAUGACGACAAUAAAGAUGAUGAUAAUGACAGCGAAUCAUCUAAGAUGUCAGUUUUUCCAAGGAAUGUCCUUCAGUUCUACAAUUGUCAUGAUGAAUUGCUGAUGCUGUCGGUAAAAGACUCAAUGGAUGAUAAUCUACCGGAAUUUUUAUCUACACCUUCGCUCAUAACAUCCGUCUGCACAUUCCUGAAUAAUUUAAUAAACGUGGGGGAACGUGAUGUUAUUAAUAAAAUAUACGAGCACUCGCUGGAUAAAUAUUUAGUCGGAUGUUUUGGAUCCAUUCCAAAGACACGGAAAAUAAAAUACAAAAAUAUUAAAUCCCAUGUCCUGGAGAUGUAUAUAAAUAUUUGUAUUUUACUGACAAAUUCCGUUAAAUUUUGCAGCAAUUUCGCGUCGGCUGUCAAUUUUUCCCCGGAUUUUUUUUACUUACUAUUCAGUUAUUUAGAUAAAAAUAAUCAGAGUCAAGAGGAUAAAAAAUGUAUGGAGUUACGCAAUAAAUUGUCGACGGAAGUAUUUAAUUUUAUUAGCGUACUCUCGCUUACGGAGAAUCAACACUUGGAAUCAUUAAGAAACGCGAUUGAAAUAGCGGCUCCAGAUAUUAUUAUUAAGUCACUUUGUGAUGCAAUAAAUGAUGUGGAUAUCGAAUUGCGUAUGAGUGGAGUUGCUUGUCUUGCUUUCUUGCUUUCACAAGAAAUAGACAGAGAAGAAGAAAUAAAAUGUGGGAUUCCGUCGUUGGGAGUAAUAUUGGAUUCAACUUUUACCCAUGCGAUUAAAUAUGAUAAAUCCGACGGUAAUUUACGCGACGUUUUGUCUAACGUUAAUAAAAUUGCGCUGAAAAACUCGAGCAGGCAUUCGAAAAAAUCUUACGACGGUGAUGAUGCUGAGUGUCUUGAUGAAGAUAAAUCACGUAAAUGUAUACCGAUUGGUUCGGAAAUAUGCAAGAGUCUUGUGCAUCUUUUGAUUGCACACAAUUACGCCAAGUCGAAGAUAAAUAUCAAGAGAGCGAGGGACAAAGAUUUAAUUAUCGGAGCUCUGUCGAAUCUUAUUUGCGUUUCUGAUCAGGCAAAAGCUACGGCGUUGGAAGACAAUUUAGGGGGAACUUGUAUUCUAAUUUUGAAAGAACUUUAUUUUGAAUUGAACCUCCAUCCUCUUCAUGUUCAUCGGACGCAACUGGAACGCGAUAAGCGGCUUCAGCCACUAUUAAGUGACGUAAAUCGAGUGGUGACAUUGCUAAUGAAUUUUUCACACAAUAAUCAGAUGGUUAAAUGCACAUUGAGUAAAUUAGGUCUCGCGGAUAUAUUACACAAAUUGUGGGCGUGGAUUUCACUCAACGAUUCAACGAUCGUGUCGUCAUUAAAAUUAUUGGCAACGUAUACAACGAAUUGUCUGGAAGCCGCACAAUCGUUGAUACUCACGACAACUUUACCUGGUACCGGACCAAGAAAAACUCCUAACACAGUAUCACUAAUUCAUGUCAUCGUCCAUCUCGUAUCAAAGGAAAUUGAUAAAGCCGGGCAACAUUUUGAUAAUCAGCGGUUACAAUUUUCAUUCCACGUGCUGAAAAAUGCCGUUCAUGCGCACGAUUGUCGUGUUUCCAUCAUUAAAAGCAAUCUCCUUCAAUUUUUAACUAAAAUUCACCCGUCGAGUACAAAACGCGCGAAGCCUUGGCCUUUAGUUGAAGUUUACUGUCUAGAAUUUCUCAUAGAUUUUACAUUUUACGAAGAGGGUCAAAUGUCGGUAUCGAAAGCUGUCGAUGGCCUAGAUGUUCUGAUACAAUUAUCGAGAUGUUCUACACCUGCAACGAGAAUUUUAGCGCUAUCGACAUUGCGCAAUUUACUCUUCAAUGUAUCGAAUAGACCGCGUGUUCUUUGCUCAGUGGAUUUUAUGAAUCUGCUGCACUCAGUAUUUAAAUCAGGAAGUUUGUGCGAAAUAGGAAUUGCGAGCUCGAUGCUUUGGUCCCUGAUAGCAAACAAUCAAAAGGGUAAAUUGAUUGCACGAAGUGCCGGUUUGUCACACAGUAUUCAGGAAGUACUUGGACGACUUACACUAAUGCCGGAAGAAAAACAUGAACAGGAUUUAGCUAAAAUGUUACAGUAUAUCAUAAGAAUCUUAAGCACUUCUGAGAUAGUCGGUGCUGGUGAUUCCAACGACUGAUUAUUUUUUUUAAAUAUUUUUUUUUGUAAAUUAUUUUUAAGCCAUUAAAUAUUUUUAAUGAUGAUAAUAAUAAUUAAUGUGUACAAAAAUUUAAUAGCUGAAUUUCUACAGAGAUAAUAUAAUUUUUUAAAAUAAAUUAUUAAGUCCAAGA